AUGGAUAUAGACCUUCUUUCCAUUCCUCAAGAUUCAUUUUCUACUUCCUUUUAAUAAAGAAAUCAUAAUAGUAAAUCAAAUAAGGAUAUUUUAAUAAAAGAAAGUAAUAUCAUAUGUCAUUCAAUAAUUACCUAUCAAUUUAUAAAGCUUGUUUUAUUCUUAGCAUAUUAUUAAGAAACCCUUGCAUCCCCUUUAUGUAAUGCUGCCUAUCUAAUUUUCAUUCAUGAUGUUAUUACUUUACUUUUCUACAUGAUAUUAGAGUAAAAAUUGUAUUAAAUCAAAUAAGUGCUUUAACUUUUAAAUUCACCUACAAAGAACUAUUUAAAGAAGAUUAAAUUCUUAAUAUUUUUGAAUUGAAUCACAGUUUAAUAUUUUUGAUUCUUUAAGAAGUUUUUUCAUCAUUUAGACCUUUGAAUGGAAUAGUAUUCCUUUAUAAGAUCUAAUAAAAGUGGUUUAAGUAUCCUUUAAUUAUAGUGAGAAUACUCUAUUACUUCACAUCAAUCUAUUAUUUAGUUUAAUGGUUAAAUAGUUCUCAAGAAAAUAGUUUACUAAUAAGAUAAUAAUUAAUUGAAUUAAUUAUACUUUGGUUUACAACAUUGACUAUUAUGAUUUUAAUUGGAAUUGUUAUAGUUAUUAAUAUCACCUUAAGAAAACAGAUUAGAUUUACAUUCUAAAAUAAAUUAUAAUAAAGUAUUUCAAAUCAAUUAACUGAAAUCAAGUUUUAAGAUCUGAUUUAAUCAUUUUAAGGAUAAAAUAUAAAUUGGUAUUAUUAAGAAUUAAUUUCAGUCCUAUUUGUUAUGAAUAAAUUAAUGAAUUUGAUACUAUUAUUCAAUUACCUUGCCAUUAAAAACAUUUAUUUCAUUCAUAAUGUUGUAAUUAAUGGUUAUUCUAAGAUCUUCGAUGUCCUCUCUGUAGAAAUGAACUUCAAUGUAAAAAAUAAUAUUCAAUUAAAGUUUCUUGUUUUUGA